ACUGGCGUUAGCGCGCGCUCGGAGCUCAAACCUUUCCCUCUUCUGUGAGAGUGUCGUCUGCUUCCUUGCUCCUCCGCCUGCCGACAACACACAAAGACUGGACUUCUGACGGAACUCGCCUCUCACACGCUCGGCGACAGCUUGUAGCCUGUAGCUCAAAGCAACACAACUCCUCUUCUGAACUCUACGUAGACACCAACAAGAAACUCCCACAGCAACCAUGUUUGAGGCUCGACUGGUGCAGGGCUCCAUCCUGAAGAAGGUGCUGGAGGCGCUGAAGGACCUGAUCACGGAGGCCUGCUGGGACGUCAGCUCGUCCGGCAUCUCCCUGCAGAGCAUGGACUCGUCCCACGUCUCCCUGGUGCAGCUCACCCUGCGGCACGACGGCUUCGACUCGUACCGCUGCGACAGGAACCUCGCGAUGGGAGUCAACCUCAGCAGUAUGUCGAAAAUCCUGAAGUGUGCCGGAAACGAGGACAUCAUCACCCUGAGAGCAGAAGACAACGCAGACACACUCGCCCUCGUGUUUGAGACUCUCAACCAGGAGAAAGUCUCAGAUUACGAGAUGAAGUUGAUGGACCUGGAUGUGGAGCAGCUUGGUAUUCCAGAGCAGGAGUACAGCUGCGUGGUGAAGAUGCCCUCUGGGGAGUUCGCCCGCAUCUGCCGUGACCUGUCCCAGAUCGGCGACGCCGUCAUGAUCUCCUGCGCCAAGGACGGAGUCAAGUUUUCCGCUUCGGGAGAGCUGGGAACCGGAAACGUCAAGCUGUCCCAGACCAGCAACGUAGACAAAGAGGAGGAGGCGGUCACCAUUGAGAUGAAUGAGCCCGUCCAGCUCAUCUUUGCCCUCAACUACCUGAACUUCUUCACCAAGGCCACGCCGCUGUCGAAGACCGUGACCCUCAGCAUGUCGGCGGACAUCCCACUCGUGGUGGAGUACAAGAUUGCCGACAUGGGGCACGUCAAAUACUACCUUGCACCGAAGAUUGACGAAGAGGCUUCCUAAGUUGUUUCUUAAAAGCCCCCAAAAAAGGGAGAAUGGAGAAAAGCAGGCGACUGGGACUUGUUCUGAGUGGUUGAAGGGCUGAAGUGAUGAGUCAUGGUGCAUGAUAAUUCUGAGCUUUCUGAAGCUCCUCCUGUCUAAUUCACAGCAGGGGGUGCAGUGUCAACUUUUCUUACCAGUCAGCUGUCUGCCGUAUGAAUGAUGCCAUCUGUGAUGUGAUGGAGCUUCAGUGGUUCAGAGCGGCUGCUUGUGCUCCGGUGUGAAUUCAGCACUUGCUCACUCCAACAUUGUGCCCUUCUCUCUAUUUCUGCCCAUUUUGGAGGGGAAGCAGAUUUCAAGUGUCCCAUUGCUCUCCUUGUAGAUAACACAUUUGUAAAUACUUUCUGUGGUUUUGCACUGUCAAAUCCACCCCAAAUGUUUUUGUAUUCAUUGAUUCAGUCCAAAAUAAAUAAUUCACGUUGUUUCCAAUA